AUGGUGACCGAAGCUACCUGGUCGGUUCCCAGGGAACAGGAUGCCGCCUGGAGCAGGAACUGCUAAGGACUUCCUGGCCUGUCUGCCUAGAUUCUCCCUCUGUAUACCUCCGUCCGUCCGUCUGCCUGUCUGUGUGAGUUACUGGACUUUUCCUGGGCUGCCAACCCUCUUGGCGGAUGCCAUCAGGGGUGCCCACCUGCACUCAAGCCUUGAAUUGGGACUGAGGUUUGGUGGUGGUGGUUAAAAAUGCAUCUGUUCCUAGAAGAUACUGAAAGUUAAAUAGGUAAAUAUGUAGAAAAUGAAGCCUUAAAGACAAGAAGAACCACGCUGGUACCAAUUUGGUUCUCUCUAGAACCAGCUUGUUGCGUGAAUUGUUGUGAAUAGCAAAUACAUAAAUGUCCUACAUUUUGCCUGUGCAAAAAUAUGCAUAAGGCUGCUGUGUCGGUGAGAAACAUAGGAGUAAUUGUGAACCCAGCUAUUUAAAUCAUGUGAUAUUUCUUUGUAGCUGAGUUCCUGUUAUAACUAUAUUGAAGUUGUCCCACACUGCCUAGCCUGUGUGUAUAUGGCUGCUUCUGCUCAGGAAGUGUGUGUGUGUGUGUGUGUGUGUGUGUGUGUAAGGCUGGGGUGGUGGUUGUGAAAAGCCCCAGCUAGUAAAUUCAUUUAAAUUCAUUUAAAACAACUGUGGUGGGGAAGUUGUGCCAGCUGCACUGAUUCUUCUGAUUCCUUUGAAGUAUCAAUGAUUGGUUCAGGAAUAAUCUGAAUAUCUCAAGUUACACCAGGCCUGAAAACUGUUAUUUAAAAGAGUUUGGAAAACUGUGACAAAUGAAGUCAAAAGGAUGAUCUUAUAAUUUUUUUGUAGUCUGGCUAUCUUAAAUUGGUCCCUAACUUAUUGUGAACUUAGGCAACUGAGUGCCUGUUCAUUUAGCUUGGGUAACCAAAUUUUAAAAAAAUGUAUAUAGAAGUUUGUAAUAAUCUAAAACACACACUCCAAAUACAGUGCAACAAGCACAUGUUUGCUUUCAGGAUAUAGUAAUGCAAGGGUAUCAAUUUGCAAAGGAAGGAGGAGGAGAAAUGGGCAUGCUCAAUAGCAGUUUAUAGUUAUUUAUUAACUUAUUUGUUUAAAACCAUUUAUAUCCCUCACUCCCUAAGGGUAUUAGAGUGACAUAACUAAAACACUAAAAUAUAUAAAAAGUAAGUAUUCUGGAGGGUGGGAAGAUUAGAAUUGGGUGGUGGUGUAUGCUUUUAGAGUUAAAAUAAACUCCCUUUCUUGGACUAUACUGGUAUAUUUCAGAAUGAAAGAAAGGGGAAAGGGACACGCCUAACAUUUUCCAGCAUCCUCACCCCUGCUAUUAAAAAAAGAGAGCUGAGAAUAAAUCAAGGCAGGCAGGCAGCCCUAAACCUAAAUCCUCGAGUGCUAUACUGUGGUACCUUGGGUUACAUACGCUUCAGGUUACACACGCCGCUAACCCAGAAAUAGUGCUUCAGGUUAAGAACUUUGCUUCAGGAUAAGAACAGAAACCGGGCUCCGGCAGCGGGAGGCCCCAUUAGUUAAAGUGGUGCUUCAGGUUAAGAACAGUUUGAGGUUAAGAAUGGACCUCCGGAACGAAUUAAGUACUUAACCCGAGGUACCACUGUAUAGACAGCGAUAGCCAGAGGUGUCCUUGGUGUCGGUAAGGUUGGCCCUGCCAAGGGCCCAGGUCAAGGGGGGGGUGUAUAAAUCACACCCUUCCACUCUGACUCCAUCAUAGCAGGCCUGUAGGGCCUCCUCUCUGGCCAGCUGGCAGCACUAUUAGCUUCUUGCCUGGGGUGCAAGGGGGCCUAAGUAUGCCUCUGGCAAUGGCCUUAGCGGGGCUUCAACAGAAGAAAAACAAAUUUCCUCCUUCCUCUCCUGAAUUCCCUUCCUGAGACCUGAUCAGCACGAUUCUAUGUGAGUUUUUAAUCUUUUCAAAUCACUGGGGGGAAAGCAGCUCUGAUGUGCUGCUAACUUUUAUUUUUCUUCUCAGAAUUCAGAUUAGUCUUUAUUUCAAAGACAUGAUGGUUCUUCCAGUGUAGGAAUGCCAUUCAGAUUAAGGAUAUGUGGCUCCUUCAUUAUUCAAAUAUAACAUAAAACACAAAUACUGAAGGAGCAUGUUUUUAAUAAUGUGUGUUUUAUUAUUUUUGAGGGAAUUAUGCCAUAUCCUAAGAAUAAAUCAUAACUUUUUCAUUAUGAGCAGAGUUGGUCAAAAUGUGGUAAGUGAGGAGACAGGAUUUUUUUAAAAAUAAAAGUCUGUGUGCAGGCUUGACUAUGGCUCUGCAAUCAACGCCUCCAUCAUAAAUGUACUUGUAAGGCAGACAAUUUAAGAUCGAAAGGAGAUUUGAUUGAAACUUAAUUAGAACCUGUCAUGGGCUAUGCUUCUGCUGCAGUACAGAAUGUAUUCAUGUCUCCCAGGUUGCCAGUUACUUAAUUAAAAGAGAGCAAAUAUUAAAAUCCAAUAAAUGGUAUAUCUCUAGAGCAAAAUGUAAGGAUUUUAAAGUAGAAGGAAAUGACUCAUUCUUCAAAGACUGAGACCAGCGACAUAGGAAUUGUUAAGGUAUUCUAAAACUUCACAGUGCAACAGGGAGUAUAAUAGAAAUUGAAACUGAAAGAUUUUGUUUCUGUUUAUAUUCCUGUCACAAAUUUAAUUUAUCAUUUGAUUAUAGCACUUAAAUUAAAAUAUAACCUACUGUUAGUACUUACAAGCCAAAAUCAUGACUCCAGCUUGGAGUUUGUGAUAGAAGAGAAGAAACAAAAAAGAAACAUAAACAAAAACAACUCACAAAAAAUAUACGUAUCUGAUGCAAUUUUCCAGAUUAGAAAAUUGGUUUGUUUGUUAAUCUACUCUAAAAAUUUGUAUAGUUCACUCAUCAUUUUAAGUCUCAUGACUUCCUCAAAGGAACCCUGGGUAUUGUAGUUUGGUGAGAUAGCUAACAAUUAAUGGAAGUAUCUGACCAAACUGUGGGAGACAGUGGAAGACAGGAGUGCCUGGCGUGCUCUGGUCCAUGGGGUCACGAAGAGUCGGACACGACUAAACGACUAAACAACAACAAUGGAAGUAUGUGAAGUUUACUAUCCACAUCAAAUGACAGUAUGGAUGAGCCCAAAGCCAAACCAUAGCUUAGCCCCAGAUAGCACAGCAGCAGCAGAAUUGGAUAAGGAGUACAGCAGCCGUGAGCUUCACUUCAGGAGCCCACAUGCUGAGCCAUGGUUGAUGUGUGAACUGAAUUGUAUUUUCACAUACAUACAUACAUACAAACAUACAUACAUCUAACCGUUAUAGAAAAGUCUGUGUAACUACUGAAAUAAUAACUUGACACUUAAAAACUUAAAACUUUGUUGGCACAGCCUAUGGUUCUGAAAAGGUCUGGCAGGAAGUUCUUCCUGCCAAUAAAUCCUUCCAGCUUGCUCAGCGUUCAAUGAAUGUGUAGUUUCCCAGCUGCAUUUUCCGCAUGUUGAAUUUCAGAGGCCAGUUGGCAUACCUAAGAGCAGUUGUUUUCAGCCUAUUCUGUUGAAGGUUUCUCAGAAACUUUUAAAAUGAUUUUUAAGUGAGAAAAGCCACAAUAGCAGAUCAACCUGUUUGAGAAACCCACAUUUGCCUGCCAGUCAUCCAGUGUACAUUAAACAAGUACAGAGAAAUCAAGUAUGUAUAUGCAUGUGUGAAGUAGGUCCCAGUCACUGUUCAGUAAGAAGCUUUGAUCCCUUGAAAGAAUGUAAUAAUGGCUGUGGAGUUUGUGCUUAAAAAGAAGUGGUUUGAAAAGAAGCACAUUAUACAAACUUAAGUCCUGAGAAGUUUUUACUAGAAGUCAAACUGCCAUGCCUUUUUAUGCAGAGGAGGCAACAAAUUAACAAUAAAUAUUCUGGUUAGAUUUUUGUUGGUUAUCUACAAAGAAAUUGACUUGGCAUGUUGCCUUAAGCUGCAUAAAUGUGGAAGAAAUCUUUCAUUGAGAUAUGGACUGUCUAGAGCUUGCAUUUUUUAAGUUGAUGAUCUGUCUUGUGUAGGAUUUUAGUGUUUGUUCUUUUUGGCUGUAGUUUCGGUUUACAUUUUCUAUUAGAACAAUCCCUAGAUAGCACUGAUAACUUGCCUUGUUUGUUUUGACAGUAAAUGUUUUCUUUUUAUCAUUCAGAUCCUGCUGUGAUAUCAUCAUUGUAGUAUUUACCACAUCUUCAGCUUGUGGGUGUUUAUAUGGUUAUUUAAUGAAGUUUUCUAUGGAGUCAGGAAACUGUUGUGUUUGGCCCUGAAAGUGCAUAGCAGUGAAUCCUUUGGUGAGUAUCUUUUGUGCAUAUGUUUGUGUGACUUCCUUCCCGCUGGUAAGUGAUGUUCUGUGCUCACUGUACUUCUCCAUUGUUUCUUUGCCAUUAAUAAUAAAGCAGCAGGAUAAUCAUCAUUGGCACUUCAGUACUGCAAGGAAGCUUGAGUUAUCUGAGAGUGCUUUUCUCUCCCAGGUUCCAAAAGUUGCAUCUUUGAAUGGGCUAAUCCACAUAAUAAUAAUAAUAAUAAUAAUAAUAAUAAUAAUUUUUUAUUUAUACCCCGCCCUCCCCAGCCAAGGCCGGGCUCAGAGCGGCUUACAAGCAAUAAUAAAAACAAGUUGAAUGAUUACAACUUAAAAACAAAAUUAAAAUACAACAUUAAAAUACUGAAAUAUUAAAAUAUUAAAAUUUAGCCUCAUCGCAGGAGGAGAAGGAAAGGGAAAAAGAAAGAGAGGGAGGGAAUCAAAUCGGCUCCAAGCCAAAGGCCAGGCGGAACAACUCUGUCUUACAGGCCCUGCGGAAAGAAAUCAGAUCCUGCCGGGCCCUGGUCUCAUGAGGCAGAGCGUUCCACCAGGCCGGAGCCAGAGUUGAAAAGGCCCUGGCUCUGGUUGUAGCCAAUCUAACUUCCUUAGGGCCCGGAACCACUAGGGUGUUGCUAUUUAUGGACCUUGAGGCUCUCCGUGGGGCAUACCGGGAGAGGCGGUCCCGUAGGUACGAGGGUCCUAGGCCGUGAAGGGCUUUAAAGGUCAAAAGCAGCACCUUAAAUCUGACCCUGUACUCUACCGGGAGCCAGUGCAGUUUGAAAAGCACUGGGUGAAUACAUGGCAGAGACCCCGUGAGGAGCCUCGCUGCAGCAUUCUGCACCCUCUGGAGUUUCUGGGUCAGCUUCAAGGGCAGCCCCGCGUAGAGCGAAUUACAGUAGUCAAGCCUGGAGAUGACCGUCGCAUGGAUCACUGUGGCCAGGUUGGGGGCGGGAAAGGUAAGGGACGAACUGCUUGAUGCAGCGACAUAGGCUCCAAAGUUGUGGGAUAGUGGGAUUACAACCACCUGGCUGAGUGUGUCUGGUCUGAGUGUGGGCUGAGUGUGUCUGGCCUGCCUUUGUCCCCCAGUAAUGCAGCUACCAUAUGCAUAAUGCAGGUAGAAGUUGUAAAAUGUAAAGUUAUAAAUUGUAUACUGACGGAAGUUAGAAAAUCACACAGGAGAUACUCUGACAUAGUUCAGAUGGAAUAUCCAGGACACUUUCCAAAAUGGCCUUAAAUGAUGUUGGAAGUCCUCCAGGAGACCAUAGAGUUUAAAUACUGUUCUUCUACUCUGUUAAAACAACCCCACACACAUGCAUACCAGUAGCUCCCAAUAACACCCCAAGGGGAUUUUUCAAAUUUGGUUUAUUCAGGAUUUUUUGCUGAACAAGAAGAAAAUGUUCAGUAAGCCUUACUACAGAAAUGCACUGAAAAAACAAAAAAUAUCCAGCUUGUCAUCCUAUAUAAACAAUACACCGUAGACAAAAUGCCCUCUUCAACAUCACAUAAGUAUUACCUUCAUGUGUGUAUUAAGCUCAUCUUACAUCUUACCAUGGGCCGCAUAUAACACUGCAAAUAAAUAUUUUAGAUUCUGAAAGCAGUAAUUUAUUAUUGUUAAGGCAUUUAUUUAAAGCAGCCAUAUCUGAUGGGCAAGGCUAUGCUGUGCAUAGGUUCUGUGAAUUUAGAGAUUGUCUGAAAUAAUGUUUUACAGUGGUACCUCGGAUUAAGAACUUAAUUCGUUCCGGAGGUCCGUUCUUAACCUGAAACUGUUCUUAACCUGAAGCACCACUUUAGCCUAUGGGGCCUCCCGCUGCUCCCGUGCCACUGGAGCACAAUUUCUGUUCUCAUCCUGAAGCAAAGUUCUUAACCCGAGGUAAUAUUUCUGGGUUAGCGGAGUCUGUAACCUGAAGCGUAUGUAACCUGAAGCAUAUGUAACCCGAGGUACCACUGUAUUUCGUAAUGAUCUUGAUGCCUUAAGGGUGCAUUUGCACUUGCAUGUGCUGCUGAUUACUUUAAUUGUAUCAGGAAGUAACACAAAUAUAUCAAUAAUAGCAGAAACAAAGCAGCACUGGAGAAUCCUGCAGCAGAAUAGCUUCUGCUGCCAUGCAGACUAGACUGACCAUGCUAAUCUGUGGUGCAGACAGAUGGCUGAGCAGCAUGAACUAAUGACCAAUGCAGUGGGAAACACAGGGAUUAGAUGUUCAUCAGAGUGUGAGCUGAACCUUGAAAUACUGACAUUGCAAACAAGUUUCUAGAAGUUUUAUAUUUCCUAUCUCUUCUGCACAGUGUUGGAGUACUUACUGCAAACUCAUUUCUAUCAGAAAAAUGAAGCCCUCAAAGAACAAAAAUGUAGAAUAUUCAGAAGGUUUCUAUAAGCCCCCAUUAGCUGUCCAGAAGACCAGUGCUGAGAUAAUAAAUGAAGCACGAAAUACACUAAGGAUUUUAAGAACUCAAAGACCGUUCACACCAAGGGAGGAGCAAAGGAAGCUUUUUGGAUCUGCGUCUUCAAGAACACCUGAAAACAGACCACCUUCUGCUUUUAGGUAUGGGGUUUUGGAGGGAAUGGCUAUAACCCUAUAUUCCAUGUGAAUGGGGGAUAAAAUAUAAGUGUCUGUCACCAAUAUUGAUUCAGGUGAAUCAGAGAAGUAUAAAAACGCAGGUAUAAAAUUCUCCAUCUAUUUUGGUAGGGAGUACAUGCUUCCUGCUGUAUGGAUGUAGCUGAUAAGAAGUUUGGCUAGAAAUAACUGAAGUGUUUCUGACAACUUUUAAAAGGAAAAGAAGUAUUCACUGUCAACCCAAAACUAUUAUUAGGUUUAAUGUGUAGGAAGCUGAAGCACCUCUCAUUUGCUUUCUGGAUGUGUCAUCUCCUGCUCUUGUUGAUUUUGACAUUCCCAAAGGAAUUGCUUCUAAAAGAGAAGCACUAUCACAAUAUGGAUUGCCAUUACAGCUGCUCGGUAGCCAGCAUAGAGGGGACUUGGAAUAAGGCAGCGUUAUUCCUUGUGCCAUUAAGUAGAAUAGGCACCAUGGCAUAUAACUAGCCCCUUUAUUUUCUUUACAUCUUCUCUAACCUGUGUUUUGUUUUGCAUUCCAAAAAAGUGAUUUUCAGUAAAGCAAUUUGGCAGAGGUAGAAUUUUCACUCCAUUAGUAUGCACAUAGAAAGUACUUUUUGAAGAAAAACAUGUUAUCUACACAUUUAAUUAAUAUGUUCUGUUUUUCAUUCCAGUCUUCAUGCUUCCAGCUUUGAAUGGGUUGAAUCAAGGCCUGUCUCUUGUGCACGUCUAAGCCCACUGGACCAUGUAUGUAUUAUCUUUUAGCAGGGCUUUGUGUAUUCUUUGCUCCAUUAAAAUUAUGUGCCAAGAAAGACUGCAUUUUGCAAACUUAAUGCAGAUUGACACUUAAGGCCACUUUCCAUCACUCAAGUAUUUUUCAGCUGCCUCUCUGGCUCCUUAGGAGGAACUUGCUUUUUACAAUUAUAUUAUCAGGAAAGUGAAUUUGUGCCCACUACCACAUUCGGUGCUUUUUCUGCAGUCUCGUGGAACUGUGGCAUAUCCCUAGUCCUAUCCAUUGGAAGUAAAAUUACAAAGGCUGAUACUGAAGCAUCCAUGUCUUGCUUCACCCACCCCCCUUCUUUCCAAAACCAUCUUUGGAAAUGUGUGUAAAUAAGUUUUGUGGAAUUUCACUAUAGUGGUCUGUAACAAGAAUACCCUUCGGAGUAUUUGUUCCUUUGUGAAUUCACUUAAGACCUCAGAGUCAGCUCCUGUUAUGUACCAGGAAGAUUAGAUGAAGUAGUAAACAGGCUGGCUUAAGUUUAGUGGAACUUCUUGCUCAGGGAAAACUAUUAUGAGAAGAAAUUUGUCAAUAAAUAGAUUAUGGCAAGACCCAUAAUGUUAAUAACCUCCAUCUUCUGAUUCUUACAAGUGCCUGUAUGUUAAAUUAGAUCUUUUCUUGUAACAGAAGCCAAAGUUGCUGUCAUCACCCAGGAAUAAUGAGGAGCAUCAUAUUUCACCUCCUAAAUCACCAAUAGAUUCAGAGGAAAUUAGGAGAAUCAGCAAUGCUCGUGCCCGUUUGUUUAGAACCGCAUCUCAUGGAAACCUUCUCCCAGAUAAAAUACUACUUCCCAAUGAGAGUAAGAAUGUUUCUAUUUAAUCCUUUUUACCAAGCUUUUGUAAGAACUCAAUUAUAAAAUAUAUUAGAAUCAGCCUAACUGAACAAUUGGAUUUCAUAGAGUCAUAGAGUUUGAAGGCAUCUCAAAGGCCCCCUAGUCCAACUCACUGCUGAUGCAGAAAAUUUUCUGCUCCAGCAGCCCUAGCUUGCAGUCCUAGGAACAUAGGAAGCUGCCUUAUACUGACUCAGACCACUGAUCCAUCUAGCUCUAUAUUGUUUCUCCAGGAUUUCAGGCAUGGUUCUCUCCCUCCCCUUCUGGAGAUGCCAAGUGAUUGAACUUGAAAACUUCCACAUGCAUUUCAGAUGCUCUGUUUCUGGACUAUGGCCCUUCUCUUAAAGUCCAGUGAUUUAGUUUGCAGUUCAUCCCAAGUGAAAUGUCUUUUCAUACAUUGGUGUGGAUCCUAAGGGCCAAACUGUGCAAGAUGCUAAUGAUGUGAUCAGAAAUAGUGUUGUUUUUAAAAUGAAAUGCUAGGCUGGGGGAGCUGCAGUAGUUAUUGGCUUCACAGCAUGGGAGGAGAGGUUUAAUCUCAUUAAAAGUUACACAUACCCAAAACAGAAAUGCUUGGGCAAUUAACAUUUUGUGGAGGGGGGACCUCUAGUUACUGUGUUUGGCUGUGUUUGUGUGACUUUAAUGAGAUUGUGGCUGGGAGGGAAGGCUUAAAUCAUAGAAUUGGAGAGUAGGAAGGGACCUUGAGGGUCAUCUAAUCCAACUUCCUGCAAUGCAGGAAUAUGCAGCUGUCCCAUAUGGGGAUCGAACCUGCAACCUUGGUGUUAUCAGCACCCCUCUCUAACCAACUGAGCUAUUUAGAAAGCCAUGCUUCCCCCUCCCCCCUUGCUGUUCUGCUGACUAUUCUCCUCACCACCCCAUGUGCCUGGUAUUUAAUUUUAACAAAAUCAAUGUCAUGAAUACUAUCAUGCCACUAUCCUCACGUGUAGUUAGUCCAUAAAUUAACCUUCUACAAAUGGAUGGGUUCCUUCCAUCUAUGGAAGACUUUCAGUCCAGUGGAGGAACCCACAAUCAAAAGGAGGGAGGGCAGUUUUUCACCAAUUCCUCCUGUAGCCCCACCACUCUGUUCCAGAGAGUCCCUGAGCCCUCCAGAGACUUUCAGUGGGUGUAAAGGGCUGCAGGGGGAUGGGGACUCGCCAAAAGUCACCUUCCUCCCAUUUCACCAAUAGAACUAACCAAGGAUCCAGACAACUGUGGUGAAGAUACAUCAAAAUCUUCAAUAGUUUCUUUUUAAAAAAAUCUGAUCCCUUUUUUGGGGGGGCAGGAUUUAGUUGAAUGUAUGAAGGAAGGGUUUGGGUUGAAAUGCCAGGUAGUUAGAUUGGAGCACAUCCAUCUAUAUAUAUAUAUAUGGAUACAAUAUGUAGUUCUUGAUUUCUAUAUUAUCUAAGAAGGUAGAGGGGAUUACUUCUCAAUCAAGGGGGUGGGAUCAUAGAAUUGUAGAGUUAGAAGAGAUCCUGAGGGUCAUCUAGUCCAACCUCCUUGUAGUGCAGAAAUAUUAUUUCAGCUAAAGCAUCCAUGACAAAAGCUUAUUUCCACUGCUUUGUCCUUUGGGAAGAAAGUUAGAGAGAGACUGCUUUGGGGAAACUAUUAAAUUUGAGUGUGCUUCUUUAACCUUAUCUUACUACUGAUGCUGCAGUAUAUAAAACAUUUUCACUUAGUUUAGGAAUAAAAGUUUCUAUACAGUAGAAAGGUAAGAGCUCUUAUGAAUUAAGAUGUCAUUAGGAGUUCAUGUGUCUUUAGAAAAAACUUUGAUGGAAAGAAUACCAGCCUGCAUCAGUUCCUUUUAUACCGAUUUCUCUUAUUUUAGUUAAUGCCAGCUAGCAAGGACAGUUAUUACAAUGUGAAUAAUAAUAUUUCAGAAGACUAGCUGUCCUUUUAAGGACAUCUUUCUGUAUGUUUCCUUUAUAAGAACACUUUAACCAUUUUGUUAAAACAGGUAAGACACUGGAUUUUGAAGACCACCCUACCACGUGUGAUCAUUCUGGAACUAGAGAUGAAAGUCAAAACCUGACUGUCCAGUUGACCUUUACGGAUAAGUGUGUUCCAUUAACAUAUAAAGAGCAUCAAAAUAAGAUAGAAGGGGAAGAAGUAUAUUCACAAAUGACAGACAUUUCACCUUCACCUCAGUGCAGCAAUCAAUGGUCAGUAUUUUAUUUAUCUUCAGGUAUUUUCACACAAAACGUUUAAAAGUGGGAGCAGCUGGUGUGCUGCAGUGCUGUCAUGGAGCCACGCUGCUGACAUCAGCAUCACUGUUGCUUACUGGGGUGGUGCAAGGGUGCAGGAUGGCACAGGAUGCAGAAGGGCCAUGUUGGCUCCAGCAGUGCACCAACACAGCACUGGUCUCACUGCCCUUCCACCUGUCCCAGGUGGCAGUGGUAUCGCUGUCAGGAGAGUGGCUUCAUGGCACUACACCAUUGUUAGCUGUCAUGAUGGUUAUCACAAGAAAAUGGAUAUAUUUAAGAAGGAUUAAAUAAGGAUUUAUGGUAUAGUUAAAUCUGGUCCAUAGCUAUUGCUGAAAAAUUAGCUCAAAAAUUAAGAUAUGCUAGAGGCCAAAUAAAAACAUUAUUUUUCAACUACAUGGCAAAAAAAAUGAUUUUACAUAUUAAAGAUGAUAACAGUGUUCAAAUUCCUCUUGUAAAAUAUGCUACUAUUUGGAAUUCUUAGUAACUCUCCAGUUACUGAUAGUUAUAAAUGAAACAAAUCUUUCAAAUAAUGUUACCACCCAGCAGUUUGAAAGCAUACCAGCGUGAGUGGAUAAAUAGGUACCAUUGUGGUGGGAAGGUAAACAGCGUUUCCGUGUGCUCUGGCUUCCGUCAUGGUGCUCCGUUGCUCCAGAAGCAGUUUAGUCAUGCUGGCCACGUGACCCGAAAAGCUCUCUGUGAACAAACACUGGCUCCCUUGGCCUGAAAGUGGAGAUGAGCACUGCACCCCAUAGUCAAAUUUGACUGGACUUAACUACCCAGGGGUCUUUUACUCAACACCAAUAAUAAUAUUACUAUUUCCCCCCAGGGAUUUUGAAUGAAGCGACCCAAAUUUGUGUAUGUAUGUUUAAUUUUCAUCUUCAUUAAAUUUUAUUGUAUUUCUUUAUUCCUGGUUCAAUUGCCCACCCCUUAAAAAGACACUGGCUUGCUUCUCCCCUUGGCAAGUGCUUUUUAGCUUUACCUACUGGUGCAGUUAAGGAAAACUAGUUCUUAAUCUAUCAAAGGAUCAAAUGGUUUCCUCUUGCAUUGGUGUUAGGAAUCUUAGCACCAAACUUUGUGCUUCCUGCUGUUGUAGACAACUGUUUACAAAAUUAAGGAAUACUUCCUAUGCCCCUUUUCCUGACAACAGCAAAUCGCUGCCCCUCUCCAAAUACUCUUUAUGGAUCUAAACAUACAGGACCCAGGGUCAAAACUAUCAUUCUUGUCCAGGCUGUAGUUUAAGCCUCUUGUACCCCUUUCUCAAAAAUUGAUGCUACAUUUGUUUGCAUUGUUUCUAGGAACAUUAUUUACUUUAACAAUAAUGACAACUAAUGAAGCUUCCAAACAAAAAACAAACAAAAAAGUGGCUAGGGUAUUGGAUGCAGACAUUCUGCUACAUUCCCUAAAACAUGGAUUCUGAGCCCUUGUUAGAUGAUUGCAAUGAAAAAAUAUACCACUAUUUUCCCAGGCAAUGUUUUUUUAAUGUCCUUGGGACUAUUAACUUUAGUGAGAUGCUCAUUUUGUCUCCAUUCAAGUAGGUGUCAUUGAUACUUAAUUCCCCAAUGGUUAUCAGCCAACAGUUCUACUUUUUGCCUUUCUUACCAGUGCAUCUGCUCUGCUUAAGAUUGAUCAGGACUGUAUGCAUGCAAUUGUUGCUGCAGAAGAAUCUGCCAGUUCCAAGAGGCCAGGAGUAAAAAAAAUGUCUAAUUAAUUUGUACCCAAUUUCUCCUCCACCAAACGAUUACCUGAUUGUGCCAGCUGUUGCUAUGCUAUCACUUUUCUAAAAUAAGAUGGAAUUAAUGCUUGAGUACACUUGAGUUUCUUACAAUACGUUUCAUAGUAAUAUUUCAGAGUAAUAUUAUCAGCUAAAGUUUCUUUAACUCUGAGCCUGAGAAAGUACCGGUAAUUUGAUAACCAGUUCUAACAGUUUAGAAUGUAGCUAUUGGAAAACAGCUUGUGUCCUGGACUUAAUCCAAGUCUGCACAUUCUACGGUAUAUUGGAAAGACCAAACAAAAGGAAAGAGAUUGAAAGGCAAUGAGGAAUGGGUGCAGAAUGGGAUGCCAAGCACAGGGCACUUGAAAUUUAAUAGGAAAAGUUGGGGGGGGGCAAGUUGGUGGAAGGAGGCAGAUAUAAAGGAAGGAAUAUACUUCGUUUUCAUCCUAAGCUGAUUUAUGUCCCUUCAUACUAAAAUACUUUGUAUAACGGAUUUCAUGGGCCGCAAAAACAUAUUGAGCUUUUCCAAAUUUGCUUUCAUUCUGCUCAUUUUGUAUGGCAGCGAGGCUGGAAAUUAGUUUUCGUCCCCAAGUGAAUACUUGCUUGCAAAGGGUUUGCAUCUACCGUUCUUCAUAAUUGAUGAAACUAUGCCUUGCACAGAGUGAUAAUUGUUAAAUUUGCAGGUAUACUCAAAUAAUUUGUCGCUUCGCAGAAUUACUGUUGCAGUUAAAUUUCUUUACAUUCACCUAAACUGAUUUAUCUCUAUCGGCACAUUUUCACUUUUUCUUAUCCAUAUUACUUUUGAAUGCUAGAUGUUUACAUGCCCUCCAGUUUUGAGGCAGAUUGUUCUAUUUCAUUUUCGCUGUGCUUAGUGAAUAUGAUUUGACAAUGCCUAAUUAUGGUAGCAAAGUAUGUAGGAUUAAAAUCUUAUGUAAGUGGAUUGAUGCUCUUUAAAUUCUAGUAUUCACACUGACAAAAGCACUGCUCUACGUAAUAGGCACCUUUAAUUUUUCUUAUGUCCAUGUUAUUCAGGUACAUGCUUACAGUUAUAAGAUUGUCUCUAACUAAGUCAGAGUAGACCCAAUGAAAUCAAUUGACCUACUCAUAAGUAUGAGUUGUAUAAAAUCCUAUGGGAUGUAAAAAAACCUAUCUAAUUCAAACAUAAGCUUCUGCUCUAGUUCCCCUCCUCCCUUUCCCCCCUGUCCUUGUGUCCCCUUUCCUGGAAUUUGAUAGUAACUUAGACAUGAACUUCUAGCCAUAAGAACUGCCCAGUGGAUUCACUGGCUGUAAAUGUUGCUUCAUAUUAACAUUUUGUGACCAAAUUACCACGGGACCAUUGAAAUUCAAGCAGAACUCUUGUUUCUUUAAAAGUACUCUAUGCCACCUUUCACAGCAAAGCCUUCCCAAGUUGGUUUACAGAAGCUUAAUAUGCAUAAUGGGAUGGUUAGAUAAUUACUCCUCAUAAUUAAGAGAAUUGUCUUUCUCUCACAAGCACCAACAAAUGUGGGGAUUAUAAAGGUGAGAUGGAUGUAUGGUUGUUUUGUGGAAAUCUUAAUUGAGCUCAGAAAUGAGAAUUCACAGACUCUUAACUGCUUUGUACACUGCAAAACAGUAUGGAAAUGAUAGAAGAGUAUUUCAAAGCAAACAGGGUUUUUUUGUAAAAUAAAAUCUACCUGAUAUUUUCUGUUGAAAAUAUAAAAAAUUUUCUGUUGAAAAUAUAAAAUGUAUACCUUUUUUGAAGAUCAGAUGUUAAUAUAUACAUUUUGCAUGAGCACCAAUUGCUCUAAGAAAUUACCAUAAGUAGAAUUUAAGGCUAACAUUUAGAUUCACUUCAUUAUUUCAUGACAGCAAAAUCCUUUGUACUGUUGAUUCUCUUAGUCUUGAAUAGAAAAAGAAGUUUGUCAGUAUUUUAUGUUCAAUAAUGGCGGCCUCUUGUGGCCUGACAGUUUAACUGCAGCAUGCUUUGAUUGAUUCGUGAAAUAUUGUUUAAAUACAACUUGUGGGAAAAUGUAAGUAAUAUAUAAAAUUAUUAACUGUAUUAAACAAUUGACAGUCUCACUUAUGAUAAUGGUAAACACAAGCGGUACUGGUAGUAAUCAGUGAGGUGGAAGCACAAAAGGAGGAAAUACUAUUUGGGCUUUCAUUGCUCCUAAAACUAGCUGGUUAAAAUGUAUAUAAUAUGAUGAUGGGCCUUUUGCCUCAGCUGGGGAUUGCCUGUUGGCUUUCAAGACUGGCACCAGAAGACGUAAAUAAACUUAUGGCUAUUUUGCUUAGCUAAGGCUGGACAGAGCAGACAGACUCCUGCUCUAUCUAUAAGAUUCCCAAACUGAUUGUGGUGAGUUAACUUAGGCCAAGAAGUUUCACAGUGUCAAUACUUGGCAGCCUCUGCAUUGAUCCUCUGAUUGUGAGCUGUGGUUGGUAGUCCCAAUCAGAUAAUAGGAAGUUAUUGGGCUAGGGGGGAAGCCCAACUUUCCAGUUUAUCAGAAAGUUGGCGUUUAUGUUCUAGUUUGGGUUGCUGAGAAAACCCCAGAGUCUGAGACUACAGUGUGUGCAUUUUCCUGGGGGAUGGUUUGGUGAAGUUCUACCAGCACUGAGGUGCACUUUCAAUUUUCCAAAAAUAACUUUCCCAGUUGUGUGCAUGGAAAGCUGAAAGUGCUACUAUGUACAUGAUGUGUACCUACAGUUUUCUCUGUGUUAAUCUCAUCUCCCAUUUUUAAGUGACCAGGUUAACGGGCAAGAAAGUCCUUCAUCAUGCCUAGAAAACUCUGAGUGGACUAAGUCUGCAACUGUGUCAGGUACAUCACAUCGUUUGGUUAAGCAUAGAUUUUUUAAAAAAAUUACUGGUUUUCUUUCUUGUACACUGUUGGGUUGCACCUUUGCAUUUAGAAAACAUAAGUGAUAUGCAUAGUUGCAAGCAUCUGAUUUUUUUCGUGAAGCUGUUUUUAUUGUGGAUAGCAGUCAGACAUGUGAUUUGCUGAUUAUGUUCUUUCUCAACAUUUUUCUUCAAGAAGUACUCACAGCUAACAUUUUACAGGGUGUUGUAACAUAAUACCUGGAAAUAAUUCACUGGGGUCUACUUCCAAGUAAACAUGCUUAGGAAAGAUUGUGCCUGAUACCAGCAUGCCAACUAAAUCUAAAAGUUGCACCAUGCCAGCUUUCACACCUUGCUGCAUUGUGUCAAGUUUCUGUCAAGUUUCUGAAUAGACAUGAUGUUCUGUUUUAUUUAUUUUCUAACUAAAAAUAUAACCUAUACCUGAAAUUUGAAAUAGCCUUUAGAUUUGUUUCACUUAUAUAAUUUUUGAGUGUUCCCUUCUAAUUAAAAACUGGGCUAGAAGUGAUUCAACCUGCCUGGUACUCUAAUUUGCUAAACAGGCAUAUUGGAAGCAACCCAUUACAAAAGUCUUUUUAAUGGAGCAUUCAGAAGCUGCAAAAGAACAUCAUCACUCAGUAUUAUGAUAUGCUAGCAGUGGUUAGAAUUCGUAUGCAGCUGCCCAAUAUACAUUCUCAUUUAGUACAGAUUGACAUAGAUUAGGCAGUCAAGCUAUUUUACACUGCUAAGAACCUGUUAGAGUGAUUCACUUAUAUGUAAAGCUUAGUGUAUUUCUUUUCCAUUGCUUCUGCAAAAAGGUUGAAACAGUAAGCUUGGAAGGGUUCGACUUUCAGUGUUGCUAAGGCUUUUGUAUUUACAUACUAAGAACAGCAGCCAAUAAAUGCAAGCCAAUGUCAUUUCUCUGACCAGACUGCAAAGAUGUGGUUAUGACCGACAAACCACCAAGACAUUUUGUUCAACUUGUCAAUUUUUGUUGUUUAAGUUUCCUUUAAAAAAAAAAAAAUCAAACAUACAUUGAGUUAGUUGAAAAUAAUAACCUUAAAUAAUUUUUUAUUGCUUAGGCAGAUACUGUACUUUAGAUUGUUAAGAUUCCACUCAUUUACACAUUCUAAAGUAUUAAUAUGGUUGUUAAAAUCAGUUUUGCAUAUGUUGUGUAAGUUUCAUUGUGUGGUCACUUAAUAACAUGUUUUCAAAUUUCAGAAAAUACUUUGGAAGCUAAUGAGACAGAAGAGGAAGAAAACUACUGGAAUAUGAAAAUUUUACCAAUUCUACAUGAAUUAGAGUCUGGUGCAUAAUGGUUUCUAUGAUACUUGUUAUGACUUUCACAAAAUAGAUUUUCUGAUACUUACUUCCAGUAAUUGAUAUUCCAAUUAAUGUUCUUGCAUUGGUAAUAUAUUGUGGCCUAUGGUUGAGGGCGUGAUCCACAUCCGCUUUUCAGCACUAUGAUCAGGACUGCCAUUUCAGAUUUGGGGUAGGGGGAAAUGCUAUUUAACAUGUACACGAAGCCACUGGGAGUGGUCAUUAGGAGAUUUGGGCAGUGCGCUAUCAGUAUGCUGAUGACAUUCAGCUGAUGCAGAUCACCAUGAUAUCAGGUGACCUGCUUUUGCCUGCAUGGUGUGAAAUCAAACCAUGGGGGCAAAAGCAUAAACCGCAAGGCACUGAGAGUCAGCUGAUCAUUAGUGCUUGUAGAACACUAUGCACAGUGCUUUGCAAGUUGCAAGGAGCAGCUGGUCAUUGAAGGUUGCAAAUCAUUGUGCAUAGGGCUUCACAGCACCUGAGGUGCUUUGCAAGUGUUGUCAAUCAGCUGAUCAGUGAUGCCUGCAAACCCCUUUUGGCUGGGCCACAUGUUUACCUGCACCACAUAUGACAUCAUAUAUGGCAUCUAUGAAUAGGGCAGGUGGGCGCAGCUUGGCCAAAAUGGCAUUACAGUACAGACCAAAUGGAGAGAGCUGAUGGGCCUAAUUAGGCCCGUGGGCUGGAGAUUCCUCACCACUGACCUAAAGGUUUCAGGUUUAGGCUACAGUUUUUAGAAUCAUGCUUGAUACUGAGUUUCUUAUAUCUCUGUAACGCUUUUCCUUUUAGUCAAUUUAUGGUUUUGUUUUUUCUUGGUGACUCUGAAAAAUGUUUGAUAAUUGAUGUUGCUUUAUUCUUUUCCAUAUCAAAUAGAGGACAACGUAGAAAGACUUUGCCAUGCCUGUACUAUUCUCUAUAAGGCCUUGGAGGAAGGAAAUAUGCUUUGCAAGCGAUUUAAAAGACGAAAUUUGCUUCUGAAGACUUUAUACAAAUUAGUUGACAUUGCUUCAGAUCCGCUUGGCCUGAAACUUGCAAAAAUUAUUCUGGGCGUAAGUUAAAGUGUGGAGGGAUCAUGGUGCAAUUUGAUGUUUUGUAUGUGCUUUAAGCUCCCUGUUUGUGUGAAAUUGUAUGAUGAAUCCUAAGUAUCAAGAAACACAAUAACUUUUCACAAAAGAGAACACACAGAGUUAAACCAGAAGUUCAAAAAUACUGAAUUAAUAUAGUUUUAUAAGUAUGAAAUACAAAUCCUGUGAGCAUGUGAUUUUUAAUAAUUGCACUAUUAAAACAAAAAUCUGUAUUGCUACAUGGUAUCCAAAAUAUAUGUUUUGUAUUAUUGGUUUUAGCGCACCAGAAUAUCCAGAAUAUUUGUCUGUUAAUGCUGUGCUAUGCAUCAAACUGGAAAAUUAUAAGCCUCUCUCAAGUGAAUCAGAUGUAUUAGAUUGUUAAGUAAAGCCACAGAAACUUCCUGUCAGAAAUAAACCAUUAAAAUGCAACCCACAAUAAAAAAGAUGAAAUCUCUGAUUAAAAAACCUAAGGAUCUGGGGGAAAAAUCUUAUGAUUCUCUCACUGCUCUAUGUAUCAUAGGCUCUUAUUCCACGUUGAAAAUAUUGGAGGGAAAGAGGUGAAACUCAUUUGCAUACUUUUAGUUUUCAUACUCAGUGAAAAUUUUAAUACAGCUUGAAUGACUGUAAUGGGUGUGCAGGAACAGUCUUGUCAGCCAUUCUGACAUGACGUUCUCAUUUUUAGAUUUUAAACUGCAUUUGUACAAAAACCCUUCACUCCUAUAAAAAUAGACCUCAGAAUCAUGAGUGCAAUACAGGUAAAAUUAGGCACAUCUGUAGAGUUCUCUGACUUAAGCACAUGAAUAUGUACGAGUCUUUUAGUUGCCUUUUGGUUUCUAUGCUUUUAAUAUAUAUUGCCCAUGAAAGGUUGUAGUCUCAUUGAAAUCAAGCUCAUGCUUAAAUCUCUCACACCAAAAACAGUGGAACUUAAAAAUUGCAUAAAUGGUUUGAAUUGCACCCUUUAUUUUGUGUUAUGCCUGAUUAAAUUUUUGUGUAGUAUUUCAUGCAUGCUUUCCAUAUCUUCUCACCAAUGUGUGUGCGCGCGUGCGUGUGCCUUUAUAUGUGUGUGUGCUUGUUUGGAUAAGGAGCAGUCAUAUCACUUUUGCCCAGGAAUUCAAGAGCACAGUUAGGAAAGGAGAGUCUGAGAAUUCUGUGAUUAAUUAUGCCAGAUAGCCAGUUAUGAUGUAACAACCCCAGCUUCCUAAACCAUAGUUUAAGAUUUUUGGGAACCCAUCAAGUCCUUCCUGCACUUUUUUGACACACUGAUCCUUGUCUAUUUAAAACAGAUAUCCCCAUCAAGUAUUGAUUGCACUGAUGUUGCUUUUUUCCUGUGUUAUUUGCAGCUGAAAGUAAGUGGAAAGAACCUGCUUAAUGUCUGCAAACUGGUGUUUAAAAUAAGCAGAAAUGAAAAAAAUGAUUCCAUCAUUCAACAUGACCAAAUAUUGGGUAAGUAUCUUAUAAAUUCUACCAUGGCUGUACCCAUGUUUUAUUUCUUGGGUAAUUUAUAAGAGAAAAUACACAUUUAAUUUGUUGGGGGAAAUGGAGCAGUCUAGAAAUGAAGCAGGAAUGCAGACAUGAUUUCCAGGCUGCAUUUUGAUUUUAGAUUGCUUCCCCCCUCCCCCCCGAGCAUAAAGCACUCUGAAUUUCCCACACUAUUCAGUAUCCAGGUAUGUCUGCCUUUGAUACUUCAAGGAUGGAGGGAAGUUUUUAUUUUAACCUUUUGAACUCAAAUAAACCACAACUGAGCACCAGAAAAAAUGUCAGCUCACAUCUAUAUUCAGCCAGCCUGCUAUCUUGAAGGUAGUGAAUGUAUUUGAUACCAGAACGUAAUCAGUAAUUAUGAUACCUCAUUUUGAUUACUUAGAGUCUUGCAUAUGUACACUCUGAAAUUGGGUGGCGGUAGCUUGUGUGAAUCAGAGCUCUGCUCACCCAAGCUCCCUCCAGCCAGUUUCCCUGAUACUGUAGCCCCUCAUCCCAGCCCUGUUCCUUUUCAGAACAGGGGUUUUUUUUGGGGUGGUGUAACAGCAGGCUGCCUUGGGAAGGAGGAGGUGGGGAAUUUCCCUUGGGCAAAUGUCUGGGCACUCCCACUCUUGGUCACUUCAAGGUAAGAGGCAAUAAGCAUUGUUCAGAUUAGCAUUCACAAUUUUCUCCAUAGAUUCUCUGCUAGAAGUUCUGAGAGCUGAAGACUUGCAAGCAACUACUGAGGCCUUUCUCUAUUGUAUGGGCGCUAUAAAAUUCAUUUCUGGAAAUGCAAAGCUCAUUAAUGAGAUGGUCAGCAAGGGAACUGUUGAAAUACUGUUGCAACUCAUGAAGCAGAUCAAUGAAAUUAAUGAAAAUGAUGCUCGGUUUUCCAGUUCAGGACACCUCUUGGUUCAGGUCAGAGUUAAACUUUUAUUUCAACCAGAUAAGAUUUGGGACCAGUCUUGAGACUUUGCGUGAAAUAUAAAACAAUGAUAGGGAGAAAACAGGUACGUGUGUAUUUAUGUAUAACAGUUGGAGCUUCACAAGUUAUGGUAAAGAAUAGGAAAUAUAGGAACAAAUAAAAAAUAACUAAAGAUAGCAAUUUAUAUAUUCCUGUAUAAGAUACACACAAUUAUCUUUUAAAAACACUUUUGACUUUGCCCCUUAGAUAUUUUGAUUUCUACUGGUUAUCAUUUGUUAAUACAAAACACCAACUUUAUUUUAUUUAGAGCUUCCUUAUAUCAAAAGGAAAGCAUUACCAAUCACUGCUAUUUGUUUAUCAUUCCACACUUAUUUAAAUCCAUUCAAAUCUUGUUCAAGUGUAGUGCAAAUUUAUCUUCUCUGACUAGCUCAUGUUGCCUAGAUGAAUUUGUUUAGAGUUGCCAUACCCCUCAUUUCAACAUACUUACUAAUCUCUUGAAUCUUAGUCUCUGGUUUUAUUUCCUGUACUUUACAUAUACAAUUGUAGCUGCUAUGAUCACUUGAAAAUGAAGAGGUAAUGAAGUAUUACUCUUAGAAGGAUUCCCUUUGCAAAUAAUGAAGAUAUGGAAAAAUAAAAGUAUUCUGGAAGCCAAAACAUUCUGCCACAUAAAUAAAAAAAGCUCUAUUUUGCUAAAUAUAGUAACAUGUGCUUUAUUUUAGUGAUUAACGAAAUCCUAAAAGGGAUCCAGAGCAAGCUUAUAGGAAGUGCUGUUUGAUGCUCUUACAGUUAUCUAUCUCACCUGUUAUGCACACAAACAAUAUGGUGGUGUUGGACUGUGGUGUAUAGUAAUCAUGGGGUCACUAUGAGAAAAUAGUAGUACUCCAGCAAGGGAAGGCCAAAAAAAAAAAAGUUUAAUUCUUGUGACUACUUUCUAUGCUUUUGGCAAGUUGGGGGAAAAGUGAUAAAGGAAUGGAAUCAAAUGUCUUUAUGCCCUAUUCUAUUAUUUAAGAGGCAAAAGCAAGCUAGCAGAGAGGCAAUUUUCAGAGGAGAUUAGAAAAGAGAUAGAGAAUCAGUGAAGCAAAGAGAUGCAAGAUAGAUGUUCCGUACAGCAGCAAUAGCUGAUGAAAAAGCUCUUGUUCCAGUAUGGAUGAUGAUGAAACAUGGAAAUUGGAGUUUGACUAUUGACAAGAGUAGAGGGGACAUGCAGAUCACUUUGCAAAGGGCAUUUAUGUAAGUCUAGCAGUGGGAGUCAUUGGUAAAGUUCUCAUCAAAACAACCCCCCUUUUGCUUGUAUUGUGCUUUGUAGAAAGUUUACAAUUUGGAGGGAUUUUAAUGUUGAAUUAACCAAGAUUAUCAUUACUAUUGUGGUCAUCACUCUGUAGAAGAGGAGAUGCAACUCCAAGAGAACAAUAUUGUUGAUAUAACUCACAACUUAGCAGAGCCAGAGACAAUACAGAAAAGAGCAACUAAAACAAUGAAAGCAUUGGAGCAUGUUCUCUACAAGGAAAGGCUGGAAUAUUCUUGGGAAUUUUCUAUUUUUGGAAAAGAUAACUAUAUGAGAAAGGAUUAUAAGUUUAUGAAUGGGAUGGAGAAAGUGCAUAGAGAGACUUUUUAUCCUUUUCUCUUCAUAUUAGGGUCAUGUAAUGAAAUCAGUUGGCAGCAGAUUCAGAACAGUCAAGAGGAAGUAUGUCAUCACACAGCAUAUAGGGUGUAGAAUUCACUGCUGAAAUUAUUGCCAGCCAUGAUUGUUUUCUUCCAUGGAAGGAAGUAUACCUCUGAAUACCAGAUUCUUGAAGGGUUGUUGACUUCAUGGUUUGCGUGUGAGCUUCCAGAAAAAACAAAAGUUGCUCUGUUACAAAGGCAAGCUCCCUUUAACUAGCUGCCACUGUUCCAGAGCAACCCCAGCUUGCCUUCCUUCAUAUCUCAGUUCACAUUUUGUUAUUUUUGUUCAGUGGGUUAGCUAUUCAUAGAGUAGCAAAUGAACACAUCCAAAAUGUAGGAAGCUUUUAAAAAAACCGAAAGCUGCUGUUCACCACCACCUGUCCCACUAUUGGCAAUCUUGUCCUUGCUGGCUUUACCAGUUGUUUGUAUGUAUAGUCUUCUUUUUGAAUGCUCUGAAGUACAUGAAAGGCAAAAUAUAAAAAGUCAACAUUUAAACAGCAUUAACAUGUGGAACCAAAAAUUAAAAUAGCCAUAGUUCUCAGUCACUGACAAACCAGAGGCCUGCCUAAAAAGAAAACACUUAAAUUGCCUUCUGAAAGGAAUCUGUGCAGUGAACUCUGAUUUGUGGCUGCUAUGUCAGAAAAAGCUUUACUGCUGGUAGAAAUCUGCUACUGAUGCUUCCUACUUUAUGGCAUAGCAAAGUACAUGUGUAAGAAGACAAAUUGUCAAAUACGAUGGAUCCAUGCAGGGUUUAAAAAGUUAAAAUCAGCACAUUGAAAUUAGGCUGGCAACAAUGACCAGCAAAGUUAUUGUAAUAUGGCAUAACAUACUCCAUGCAGUUAGUGGUGGACAUAUCCUGCUGUAUUCUGAACCAGCUGAAUUAUCUAAUUAUCUUCAAGGGCAGCUUUACACAAACUGUAAUAUAGUAGUUAAGUUGUGAGGUCAUCAGGGCAUGCACAUUACAAGUUGUGUGUUUAAAGAAGGGCACCAUUGAAAUUUGUGCUGAAAGGGGCACACUGAGCGCCACAUGCAACACUUUACCAACCCAGGAGGAAACUCAGAUCCAGAAAUAUGCCCCAAAUGCAUUCCUGGUUCUUUGUGGGGAGUGUUAUCUCAUCCAGGGCAAGCAUUACUGAUUUCAAGAAACUGCUAAAGCUAGUUCUGUUGGAAAAGAAACGGAGAACUGGGUAUUGUCAGUAUACUGGUGACAUCUCCCUCCAAACUGCAAGACAACCUUCCCCAAUGGUUGAAUGCAGAUGUUAAAUAUAAGAGAAACACUGCAGGAUAAUUCCUGCAGAGAAGGGCAGCAGCCUCCUAAAACCACCUUCUGGAUCCUUUCAGCAAGGUAGGAGUAGAACUACUGCAAAAGUAUUGUCCUGUACUUCUAAUCCACAAAGCUGGUCCAGAAGGAUACUGAAAAUGAAGGUGCUGAAAGUGGCAGAAUUUGUACCCCUUCUGUCUAUCUCCUGGUGAAGGUAAAUCUUGGCCCCAACCCUUGGUCAGAAGCUAGAUUGAAAUGGGUUUAGGAAAUUUGGUUUCAUCCAGGAGUGUCUGUCAUGGUUUGCUCUAGUAUUUUGGCUAAAAAAAAGGAAGGAUCAUCACAUGCACAUGCAGUAGUUCCCUGGCCAGUUGUGAAGAGAUACUAAGUAAACAAGACAGGUCAAAAGGCUGGAGGAGAUGGAUUCACUUGUAUCCAGGCAAGGAACAACAUACUGUCUGCUUUCAAAAUAGAGAAAUGUGAGUCGUGCUGUCCUCUAUCCUGUUUUUUAAAAUUAUGUCUGUAUCAUUGCUUCGUAUUCCAGAGUUUAAAUAAUCCACACUAUUUCAUACAUGUCUGUAGAGUUUCUUAGAGCGGCCAUCAGAGGAGGCUUAGGCUAGAUUAAAUUUAGCAAGCUUAGGCUUGUUAAAUUUUCAAAAGUGUCUGGGACUCAUAAUAAUGUGAUGAUUUAUUCAUGUUUAAAUAUAUUUUCUCCAGCUCACUGCCACUUUGCGGAACAUGGUUGACUUGCCUCAGUCAAGGUGCAAGCUCCUGGACUCUGAAGCAUUUCCAGAGCUUUGUCUGAUGUUGGAGAAGCGUAUGAACGACAAGGAUGUCUGCACCAAUGUGGCCAGAAUAUUCAGGUAAAGUCCUUUAAAGAAAUACAAUACAGUUUUUUGUUUCCCAUGGAGCAAAUACUUGCAGCACCCACUUCUUCACCUCCAUCCCCAGCCAUGUUGGUUUAUUUUGUACUACCAUCUUUUGUAUGUGUGCAGCUUUAAUCCUUGAAAUAUUGUUGUGGAUAUUGUUUUGAAGGGGAAAUGUUCUGCCUCAUAGACUUAAGUCACAUAAAUGGAUAUACACAGAAACAGUCCUUAAGUACCGAAGUCAGCUUGUAUGCAGUUAGGGAAUUUUAGACCCUGGACUUCGUGGUUUUUAUGGUGCCCCUUUUCUCUUUAAAUAGCAGUGUUGGUUAUUUUGCUUACUUCACAACAUGGCUAGCUCUCCGGUAUUUUGCUAAUUUCACUGAGUGAGGCCCUGGACCCCAAAGUUCUGACCUGGUGGCACCACUGCUUGCAUUUGCCUUGUCUGAAAUAGGACCCAGUUGCACAUGCAGGCUGUACUUGCAGAAUUAAAUGUGUUUCGCCUCCUCAAGUCGUAUGACAUUAUUAACUAAAUCUCUGUUUGGUCUCUCCUUUGUGCUUGAGUCACCAGCAUUGCUAAGCCCAAGAACCCCAUGCAAAAAUCAUGAAAGGAACUUCUGUAGGAAUUGAACUGGGAAGCAAUUCCUUUGCACAUACACAUUCCUAGGUUCAAUCCUUGGCAUAAUCAGUUAAGGAAGGAUGUCCACAAAUCACUGAAAGGCCUGUAUCUCAAAUUUCCCAGAGCAACUGCUAAUGGGCUCUUCUACACCUCCUUUGCAAAUCCAUUUUUCAUAUCCGUUUUGUACAUUGUUUGUGCAUUGUAGCCCUCGGUUGUUCCAUACCACUUCUCACUGUUAGCACAUCCCAUUGUCACAGGACCACACACCCUGCUCAUAUGUUUCUUGGGUUUAGUGUCAUUUUGCUCUUUUUGAAACCCAUGGACCCUUUGUCAACAACCCAUAAACCCAAUUACACUCCUUUCUGUCACUGUUUCCAGCUGAAAUAAGGAAAAGCACAUGCCCUGCUUCUCCCUGCCCCCCCCCCCAGCAUUUCUGUGGCACCAUUUGAUUACCUUUGCACUCUGAGUAAACAUCACUUCUAGGUGUAGCAAUGCAAUUCAGUGAUGCACUCCACUAUCUCACCCUACUAUCGUCUCUACCAGUCAGUAUAAAGCCUUUUCUUUCCCAGAACAGCUGUGAUGGAUGCUUCAUCUGCUUCUGAACCUUCCCUUAUUGAGGGGGCAUGACAAGGAAGGAAGGGUUUUACAGUGCAAUCCUCUAUGUGUCUAUUCAUAAAUAAGCCCCAUUGAGUUCAGUAGAACUGACUCCCAGAUAAAUGCAUUUAGGUUCUUAAGAAAAGGAGGUACGGGAGGGGGCUGUGGGGGUCAUGCUGCUGCUACUUGUCCUUUGCCCACAUUGAAGAUCCAUGUUACUUUGCACUUUCCUUUGAGGCAUGUUAGCCUGGAUGGGGAGGGGUGUGGGGAGGGGGGAGGGAGGGAGGGAGGGAGGGAGGAAAAGAAAGAAAGAAAGAAAGAAAGAAAGAAAGAAAGAAAGAGAAAGAAAGGGGUAGGCAGCACCAUAGCUGAAACCUUGGAUUUAGCAUUCUGUCUGGGUCCCAAGGAGGCAAAGGUUUUCUUGCCUUCCACUUUAACUGGAGGUCUCAGAUUCAGCUUUUGAUUGUCAUUGCCCUAUGCAAUAUAAUUAGCUAUUCAUUCAUAACGGCUCAGCUCCUCUGUUAUAUAAUCCUUAUCUUUACUGAAUUGGACCAGAAUCCUAGCCUAUCAGUAUGAACACUGAAAAAUAUUUAAAAAUUGAGCAAAUGACUUGGCUUGGGUAAGAGCAGGGGACAACUGUUGGAAAAGUUACCCUACUGAUGCAUGUUAUUAUUUUUAAACAUACAGCAAACUUUCUUCCUUCAAUGACUGCUGUACAGCUUUGGCAGAUUGCUCCAGAUGUUACGUCUUAUUUUUAGCCCUGCUAAACAAACACCCAAAGAAGCAGGUCAGUUUUUUCAUCUCCUGCUUUUUAUAUUUUAAUCCUCGGAUGUGUCUGUGGUGUCGUAUGUGUGUAAGCCCAUAUUCAGUGACCUACUUUCAUGUGCAUUUACAAGAUAGAAAUUUUAAACGGUUGACAGCAUUUCUAAAUAGUAAAUUAUUGAAAUGGACUCAACUUAGAUUAACAGCGGGGGCGAUAUAAGGGACAGGCAGUUGAUUAACUCCCUUCUUCUUCUUCUUAGCAUACAGAUGAGUUGUUUUUGGAGUGUUUGGGCGGGAUUCAACUGAGUUGUUGCACAAACAGAACAACAUCCGCUUGCGCAAUGAGACUUUUCUCCUUUCUCCUUCCCUUGCUUGAUCCUGUGCCCCCCAAAUACGCUCUGAAGAGUUGGGGGAACCUAGAACAGGUUUAAGGGGCGCAUCAGGGGAAGAAGUCCUGUUGAGCGAGCUCUCACACACCCUUCUUGAUGCUGUGUUGAAUUCCCCACCCUUGACAUUUCUCCUAAUGGACUUCAUUAUCAGAAAUAAGCAAUAUAAGGGCUAUGUGUUGUAUCGGGCCAAACUUUAAUUCUGACCGCCAGCCAGACAUUGGCUCCACCAUGCCUGUCUCACUGCCACUGCACCCCUCCCUUUCUCUGUUCAUGUAUUCUGCAGAGUGUCAGCAAGACAGAGGUCGGGCGAGAGGGGCAGCUCCACCACGGCAUCCGCUGCUGCCACCAGGCCUGCAAGAAAGUUGUCACACAGUAGCAGUGCUACAAUGGCUGGGUGACAACAGUGCAUGAUGCCAAGCUUCAGUGUACUAGACAUAUUUCACAAGCCUUACAAUUGCUUACCCCUUGCCUUAAGUGAUAAGUAGUCUGACUCGGUUCAUGCUUACUCAUAGAUAAAUCUUACUGCAUUCAUGGGGCACACCAAAGUAAGUGUGCAUUGCAGCCUUAGGCUUAUCAUAAGAAUUUGUACUUGUAGGUAAAUUCCAUUGAAAACAGGCCUUCUAAGAGGAAAUGUGUUUAAAAGCAGGAAGCCACCCCAUGAUAACUAAGAUAAUAUAAAAUUCCCUUUGUUAUCUCACAAAUCUGUGGGAAAUGCUGAGCGGAUAAAAAUAGUUAUUUUGUACUGGGAAUAUCAAAAAAUGUUUCACCCAAAUCCUUUGGCCUUUUAUGCCUGGAUGACUUUGCUUUUUAGGAAGGCGGGCAAUUGGCCAACAUCUCAGAAGAAUAGAGUAGCAGAGGCUAAUGACCUUUCUUCACAGUGACAAGAAGUUAUAGUGAGUGUCCCAAGAAUAUUUGUACUAGGGUCUGUUCUUUAACAUGUUAAGCACGUGAAAAGGGUAUGACCAGUGAUACCAAAAUGAUGCAUGAACAGCUAAAUAGGGAUGUCUUGCUUUAAGCCCCACUGACAUCAGUUGAAUUUAUGUGCUUGAGGUCAAAGCCCCCACCUUUUAAAUCUUAAAUAGGGAUUGCUUUACUUUUAAAGUGAGAAGUUUGUAAUCCUUAAAGAGAUGUGGGUUUACUCAAAUCUAUACCAGUUCCCCAGGGGAUUUUUGUGGUAACUGAGCCAAAACCAGCCACAAUGAGUCACUCUUUCUCUUUGGAAAUGUCACUGGUACUAGGCUGGGCUGUUGUAGGUUGAAUGAUUCUUACUUAGAAUGAAGUUAUCUGAAAUUAUUGGGACUUAGUUCAAGGGAAAUAAAUUUAGAACAAAAAUGUAAUAAUUUUAGUUUUAGGAUAUAAAGAAAUAGUUUCUGUAUUUUGGACCAAGUCUCAACAAAUCUGCCCUCUCAGCUCAUGCUGUUGUUAAUGCUCAUCUGUUUAAGAUUUAAUGACUGACAACUAUUGCAUUUCAUGCUUCAGGAGUAACUUUCUUCCAUUAAAGUUCUAUUCUUCUUUACUAAACCUGAAAGAUAGAUUUUAAAAUUAUGGAAUUUCCAAUCAAAUCAGAGUGAUUAGACUCAUUGGAGAAUUCAUGACACCAACCAAUGAACUAUUGAGGACAAAGUUCCAGACUAAAAUGACUUUGAAGAUUAGAAUUUACUCCUGAUGAAAUACUUAUGAGUAGCUCUGCAUGUCUUAUAGCCGCCUCCCACAGGGAAUAGAGAUAUGGGAGACUUGUUUUCUGUGGGCUGACUAGUGCAUGGUGUAUUUUUCUUGUCGUGCAAAAAAGUGUCAGAAUUCUGAAACCUUCCAUCGCUUCCUCUAGUCUGUACUGUAGUAUCCUGAAAUUUACACUACUAAUGCAAUGCCAGACUUAUUUUAGUAAUUUUCUGUAAGCCCACAAUCUCACAGUAGAAAUCCCACCCUAUCACACCCUUUUAUUUAUGUCUUUCCAUAGCCUAGAAUGUUACAUAGAAAAUAAGUAUUCUGGUAUAGCAAACUGCAUAACAGCAUGGACCUGAUGUAUGCAACAAAUAAUAACACAGCCAGAGCACUCUGUCUAGUGGUAAUACCUUGGUAGAAGAGUAUAUUCAGUCUCAGACCACCAGCCUAUUGAACCAACUUUAAAUCUGUCAAUCCAUGGUCUUAUUUGUGGCAGUGUUUUGUUUCUUGCUAUGUAAGAUCCCAUAACAAGCCUGCUGGAUUGUACCAGUGGCCCAUCUCACAAUGGCGAAUCAGAUGCCUAUGGGAAGCUUGCAAGCUGGAGAUGAGUGCUUCAGCGCUCUCCCUGCAGUUCCCUGCAACUAGGAAACCCAGCCAGAUGGGCGGGGUAUAAAUAAUAAAUUAUUAUAGUCAGAAGCAUCAUGCUUCUGACAGUGGAGGUGGAACAUAGCCAUUGUGGCUCAUAGCUGUUGAUAGCCUUGCCCUACUGUGCUAGCUGUCCUGAGAACAUAAAUUGUGUGAAGGUGCGAGAUAUAAAUUGAUUAUAUCUAGCUGAUAAUUCUAAUUUAUGACUGGACAGUCCUGUUUCCAGACUGCUGCAUUUUAACAAAACGAGAAAGUCAAAAAUAUUUUAUCUUUGUUCUCCUGAUUCAUCAGUUGCUUGGUAACUAACGAAGAAAGGUAUUCCUGCAUUCACAUAUGGGGAUUAAAAUAAACAAAACUGUAAUAAAACAAUAAAAUACAGCUAAUACAGUACCACCAUAAAAUAAAAACACUUUAAAACAGAAAUAUAUGUACUUAGGACUAUUAACACAUUCUAUUUUUAAAAUAUCACAAGACAUUCUUGGCUUCUAUAAGGUUUUGACAUGAGACAGAAGAGAGGUAAUUUUACAUGCUGUGGGUUUUUUCAUUUUAAAAUACUGUACAGUAGAUAUUAACUGAAGUAAAGACGACCAUUUUCUUCUUGCAAACCAUUAUUGAUCACUUUUACUUACAGCAGGGAUGUUUACAUCUUCUUUAAUUCCAGGAUUUAGUCAUCCGUAUCAUUUUUAUUCUUGGAAAUUUAACAGCAAAGAACAACCGGGCCCGGGAACAGUUUUUUGAGGUGCAAGGAAGCAUUAAUACCCUGAUAGCACUAUUCCAGGCUAAUUGUGAAGCUGAUUUAAAUAGUAAACUGCUGAAAGGUGAUGGCGAUAUAAAAAAUCUUAAGCAUCCGUCUGAAGCAGAAGAUGUGCUCAUCAAACUUGUAAGAGUGGUUGCCAAUUUGUCCAUCCAUCCCACUGUAGGCACAAGUCUGGCAACAAACCAUCAUAUUGUGACAUUACUCAUUACGGUACUAGGUAAGAACUGCUUUGUUCUUAGAGGAAGAAACGUUUUUCCUUAGUUUCCCAUAGUGAAAUAAUUUAAAUCCUGCUAAAGUGAUGAAAUUGGUUGAUUAAUGAUACUAUGAAACUGGCUGCAUCUCCCAAGAUUUCCCUAGUAUUUUUCCAGUCAUCCUCCAAACCAUAUUCACCAUCAUCUUCCUUUAUCUGCAAGCUUGUCUGCUGUUUCAACUGCUGCAUACCAGCCCAUCCCCUAUUCAAUCUCCUAUAAACCAUACUGCAUGUCAUUUCUCUCCCUGAUAUUUCCUAUAUUAAAUUCAACAUCUCAAAACGGUACCUCUUCACACCACCCUGUACCCUCUAGCCAGUUCCAGCUCCCACCCUCAGAAACUCAGGCACCCUUUGCUGAUUUAGCCCAUUGAGAAAACAAAGCAAGCCGUCCAUGCUGAUUUUCUUCUUUCUGCUGGAAAAACAAUACUGAAACCAGAGGGAAGAUGGUGUAUUUUCUAGUUAUAUGACCAUGAAGCCUUAAGCCACUGGGACCAAGCUCCUUUUCACAUUUCAAUGGAGCUUACUACUAGGUCAGUGUGACUUAGAAUUUCACCAGGUUUUUCUGUAGUGCAGUGUAGAGAAUAGUGGUGGGCAUACAUCAUAAAUGCAUAAUACUUAAUGUUUGUAUAGCACACUCAAGCUUUCAGAGUUCACGUAUGCAUUCGGUUUGUAAUCCUCACAACAUCCCUCUAAGGUAAAGUGAUAAUAUCUCCCAUAUUGCAGAUAGGAUGGUUGAGGUACAGAGAGUUGCUUGAUUAAGACCACCUAAUUAGUUGAUGUAUUCAGUCUUUUGGGCCACUAUGCUACACCAACAAACUGGUAUCAAUGGUAAGCAGGAUUGCUGGGGUUGUAUUCUGUGAUGAUGCACUGAGCUUUGAUGGAUAUAAAUUUGAAAGCCCAUAUAAGUAAGAUCUGGCAUUAACAUGUCUUGAAAGUCUCUCUCCUCUCACUUGCAAAUUUUCAAAAUUCUUGCUGCAUAUUGCUUAUUAAAAUAAGCAAGGAGAAUGGGCACAUAUGAACACCUCAUGGAAAAACCAGGCAUGAUCACAAUGUGGUUUUGGAAUGGCCCAAAGCUUUCUUUUAUAUAGUCUUUGGAAUGUUGUGAACAACAGUCACCAAAGCUGUGAAAUGUCAAAAUGUUAAGUGUCUUGAAAAAACACAUGUCUUUUUUUGUCCAAAUUACUAGAAAACAAAUCAGUUGAUGAAUGUGAGGAGCUGGUUAUUAAUACCACAGCAACAAUCAGCAAUUUAUCUUUCUACCAAGUGAAGAAUUCUGUAAUCCAGGAGAAGAAAUUAUAUAUUGCGGAGUGUAAGGAUGUUUUUAUUUAAAAAGAUUAGUAUAUCAUAUUUCUGUUAUUAUAAUGAUAUAAUAUCCCUCAUAGUAUUGAGCAACAGUGAGAAAUAGCACUGAUAUAAGAUGUUAUCUACUUUCUCAGUUUUGGUUGGUAAAGCUGAUCUCAUUUGAUAAUCCUUGUGGAUGUAAUGAUGAAUAUGAAAUUUGCUCAGUUUGCAAACUGGUUAGGCUGGAGAACAGCAGGUUGAGUGUAGAUCUAAACUCAAAGUUGCUCUUUCCCAUUAUAGAUUAAAAACUAUGAUAUCAAAUUUAAAGCUCAAGUAUUGGGCUCAAAAACAUUAAAUGAGAAGACAUUAACAGGAGUCUUCACAUAUUCCAAGACUAGAAACUGAUUAUUUCUUUGGAUUUAUUAUACACUAGGUAAUUUUUUUGGAGUUGUAGUUACAGGAGAACUAGAAAUUAUUUUAGAAUACCGAAAACCCAGUGAGUGAUACUGAGUUAUUGCUGGCUUAGCAAGUGUAACCAAAAUGUGCUUGUCUAGUCACACAUCAAUAUUUUCAUAUGACAGAGAUUCAGUAGUUUAGUUUCCAGCAGACUCUCUGGGUACUGAGCUUUCUUACUUCCACUCCUCUACGUUGUAAAUUUGCUUCAAUCAUUUAACUGUGUUGCAAAGGUGACCAAUUUCUUGAACUAUGCUAAGUGCAUCUUUUCUGCUUCUGUACUAACAGUGCUUUUAAAGCUAUUAAUGAGCAGUAAUAUGGAUGGAAUUCUGGAGGCUAUUCGAGUCUUUGGUAAUCUUUCACAAUGCCAUGAAAUCUGUGACUUCAUUAUACAGCGAAAGGGUGAGUUUCUGUCCCAUUAGACCAAAUAAAUAAAUAUCAGUUACAUGACUACAAUAUGUUGCCUAUUCAAGUUUAACAUAUCGAGUGCUAAAAUCCAUCUACACCAAAAUGGCGCCAUUUGAAAGCAUAUGGAUUAGAACAAUGUGUCCAAUAGGCUGCUUAUAGACCUUGGAAUUCAGAGAUUCUCAUUAUACCAGAGCAGGUAAUGUUGGGUAGAUACAUCAUAAUAGCUCUCCAUGGCUAGGGCCACUCUGAAAUCAUAGCAGAUAAACCAUCAAAAAGGCAGAGGUUGCAAGAAUUGGAGGGAAGUUCAAGGGCACCUAUGGCCCAUUGUGUUGUUGAGCAUGUAGCUAAUGAUAAAAGCAAAGAUGUUAACAGUCUGAGCUGUUGGUAAAGCACAUCUUAUUUUAGUUGCUAUAAUAAAGAAGUUUAAUGAUUCAGCUUUGUAGUGCUCAUAUUGUUUAGCAUUAGAUACCUGCAACUUGAAUGCUGGGAGUGAGAGAGUGGUAUUCCGGCAGUGCACCAGAUAAAUUCAUGGGUUGUUGGGUUCUUCAAACUCUCAACACACAUUUGUUUAAUUGUUAACACUGUGAAAAUUCUUAAAGACAAUCUUGUUCUCUGAAAUAGUUAUUUUUUGCUGUGCUAUCUAGUGUACAAGUUCAUGAUCGCUUUGCUCGAUACCAAACACCAGGAUGUCUGCUUUUCAGCCUGUGGAGUUCUCCUCAAUCUUACAGUGGAUAAAAGCAGGCGUAGUAUAUUGAACGAAGAAGGAGGAAUUAAAAAGUGAGUUCAGAAAACUAGUGGGAGUUGGAGAGUUAAGUGAGCUUUUACUGACGUUUAUGUUGGGGUGGAGAGAAACAUGCAGGUUUAAGGACAGCCACAGAAAAGGUAGUCCUGACAAAAGUGUAAAACUAUCUUUACUCCAUUAUUGCAACAGGUUGAUCGAUUGUUUGAGAGACUUUGGGCCUACAGACUGGCAGCUGGCUUGUUUGAUAUGUAAAACUUUGUGGAACUACAGUGAGAAUGUUAGCAUGGCCAAAGCUUGCUUUGAAGAUGACGAAUCAAACACCUUGCUCGUUAUCCUUGCAUCAUUUUUAGGUAAGCUGUAAAAGCCAAUCUCAUUACCCUUUCUUAACAAGUAGAAUGAAAAUACAGAAGCUACUCACUCAGGCAGCCGUAUUCUGAAUACUACGUAUAGUGCUGGUUACCCCCUCGCAAGAAGAGGUUGGACACCUACCCUAGAUAGUGUUCGCUAGUAAGAUCCAAAAAGUCUUCCUUAACUGCUCUGAAGGAUUCUGGGGAAGGAGAGGAAUUCCUUUUUGUGCAAGUGGGAAACCACAACUGGAUAUCACCCAUAUUGUCUUCAGUUUGCUGGGAGGGAAAUGCAAAAGGCAGAGGCACGACAGAAUUUAAUGAAGUCAUUAAGGGAAUGGAAUAUAUUUUUCUUCCUCUUAGGUAAUACUAGAAUUUAGUGUUAAUGCCAUGAAAGUGACUGGCAGUAGUUUCAAAACAAAUGAAAGCACUUCACAAAAUGCACACGUACCUUAUGGCAGCAAAUGCCAUAAAUAAUGGUAAUGGCCACAGGCAUAGAUUGCCUAAAAUCCAUGGGGGGUGUAUUUUUGUCAAUAGCUAUGUGGUAUAAUAGUACCUUCAUGUUCGGAGGAAGCAUGUCUCCGAAUACCAACUGUGGUGAGGAGCAAAACAUAGGGGAGGGCUGUUGCCUUCAGGCCUGUCUUGAGAGCUGUCCAGAAGCAGUCAGCUGUGGGCCGUGAUGCUGUACUAAAUAGCGUCUUUGUCUAAUCCAGCAGGGCUCCAAUGUUUUACCUCUACUUCUGAUAAUUGUAAUUCUAUUGUGUUGAAUCCAACUAAGCCAUAUUUACUGAGAAACUACCUCUUGUUCAAAUGGCAGUAUAGCAGCUGUGUGAAAUUAUCUAUGCAGUGUUCUAUCUAGACCAGGAUCAACACUCACUGCUGUCACAUGCAGAAGGUGGAUUUUUAAGAAGACAUUGGCACUAUUUUUCUCAGUCUUACUCACGUUUACUAAAAGGAAAAUCCUGCACGUCCUGUGAAGAGACCCUAAAUAAUUUAAAUGCAUUGUUCUGUUUCAUAUUGACUGAUAAUGUCAUCGUUGUUCUUGCUGCAGAUGAAGAAUUAGCUCUGGAUUACAAUUUGGACGAUUUAAGAGGUUAUCACAAACUUUACUGGGAAACAGAGUUCAAACCUGUGGCGCAGAAGCUUCUCCAGAGGAUUCAAAACUGCAACUUUUGA